CGCGGUGCGCUUCGCACUUUGCACGUUGUUAACAUUUUCCGGACGCCACGUGACACCGUCCAUUCACGUCGCCCGCCGCCGCGUUGGUGGGGCGCGGGAGGCGGAGCCUGCACCGUCCCGCCGGCAGGAGCAACAGUCCCGAACCGCGUCCAUCCGUCAGUUUGCCGGCUGAGAGCGACCGAUGAAGUCUUGUUGUGCGCUGCUCGCCUUCGUUCAUCAUUUCACGCGACCGCGAAGUCAACCUGUAAUGUGCUCAUCCGUUCGAAAAUAAGACUAGGAAAAAAAACUCGAAACAUGACUCGCUUUAUUACCUUUCUCGGUGUGACGACAAUAGUUCUUAUUACAGUGUUUUGUGUUAGUUCCCGGAGUUUAACCAACUUCGAUCAAGCUCCCAGAGGAUGUGAGUGGCGGAUGCGUCCGUCUGAAGAGUCCGAAAACACCGAGGAACCAGUCCUGUACUGCCAAAUCCGAACAGUCAGCAAUGCAGAACCCUUAAUCGGAAACCUCACUCAAACCCAGAGCGACCGUGUCACUAGUUUACUACUCGAAUGCAACGACGCUCUCUUUUUUGAAAGCUCCCUAGAUCCAGCCCAGAGAGGUUCAUUUUUGGUGCAACUAAAAAAACUACGCGACCUAAAAAUCGAAAACUGCAAACUCCGAAAUAUUCCCCCAGCCUCACUCGCCGGUCUACGUCAUCUUAAGAGAUUAUCUCUUCGCUCCCACAACUCAGAAUGGUCCGCGAUGACUUUAGACCUCAACGCGGAAAGUUUCCGAGGAUUGGCCGAACUAAGAAGCCUGGACUUGGCCGAUAACAACAUCUGGAACGUGCCUCAAGAAAUGUUCUGUCCUCUUUAUAGUUUAACUCAACUAAACCUUACGAAAAACAAACUUCAAGAUAUCGGGAGUUUGGGAUUUUCGGACUGGGGUAAAGGACCUCUAGCUCCGGGUAGGGCAUGUGUUAACAGCUUGGAAAUACUGGAUUUAAGCGAGAAUGAGGUCAUUGCCUUGCCUGACAACGGAUUUUCAGCGUUGAGAAGUUUGGAAGAAUUACACUUGCAAGAUAAUGCAAUUUCAACUUUAGGUGACCGAGCUUUUGUCGGAUUGAACGCAUUGAAGACUUUAAACAUCUCCAGCAAUUGUUUAGUUGCAAUGCCACCAGAAUUAUUUCAAUCUUCCAGAGAACUUACCCAUCUUUACCUUCAAAACAACUCAUUAAGUGUCUUAGCACCAGGUUUACUUGAAGGACUUGACCAACUACGAGUUCUAGACUUGUCGAAAAACGAACUAACCAGUCGCUGGGUAAACAGAGACACAUUUGCCGGCUUAGUACGAUUAGUCGUACUGAAUUUAGGACACAACCAGCUGAGUAGAAUAGAUGUCAGUCUAUUUCACGACCUUUACACCCUACAAAUCUUGAAUUUAGAACAUAAUCAUAUUGGUGCUAUUGCUGAAGGUGCGUUUUCUGAACUCAAAAAUCUUCACGCACUUACAUUGACACACAAUAAAUUAGUACGAAUAGAAUCCUACCAUUUUACCGGAAUGUAUGCCUUAAAUCAGCUGCUUGUCGACCAAAACGAAAUAGAGCAUAUUCAUCCCAGAGCUUUUGAGAACGUGACCAAUUUACAAGACCUGGGUCUCAAUGGGAACAUGUUAGGAGGUGUGCCUUCAGGUAUAGGUCAAUUAAGAUUCCUAAAAACCUUAGAUUUAGGCAAGAAUCACAUUGAUGCUGUCGAAAACUCUUCUUUCGAAGGACUUGAUUUACUUUACGGACUGAGAUUAGUCGAUAAUCACAUAGUGAACAUCUCCAGAGACGCGUUUUCUACACUACCAUCUCUCCAAGUGUUGAAUUUGGCAUCAAACAGAAUACGGUAUGUUGAACAAAGUGCGUUUUCUAGUAACCCAACUUUAAAAGCUAUUCGUCUUGAUGCCAAUGAACUUACUGACAUCAGUGGUGUUUUUACAAACCUCCAAAGUCUAGUCUGGCUGAAUGUAUCCUCAAAUAAGCUGGUUUGGUUCGAUUUCAGUCAUCUUCCUGUCAGUUUGGAAUGGCUGGACAUGCACGGCAACGAAAUACCGGAGCUAGGAAACUAUUACGAGGUCAGAAAUAUGUUAAAAAUCAAAAUGCUCGAUGUCAGUUUCAAUUUGAUCACACAAAUCCAAGAGAACGCUAUUCCAGACAGCGUGGAGACCUUGUAUUUGCAGAAUAAUCGUAUAACCUCCGUAGCCCCCAAUACUUUUACGCACAAAAAACACUUAGAAAAAGUAGUGUUGUAUGGAAAUAAAAUUCGAUACUUAGACUUGGCUGCCUUAAACUUAAGUCCAGUCAGCGAUGACAGAGAUUUACCUCAGUUUUAUAUCGGAGGAAACCCAUUUUAUUGUGACUGCAAAAUGGAAUGGUUGCUGAGAAUAAACCAUCUGAGUAAUUUAAGGCAAUAUCCGCAGGUCCUGGACUUAGAUGACGUAACCUGUGAGCUUUCACAUGCCCGAGGAUCACCUCCACAACCUCUACUUAGAUUGAAACCAUCGAAUUUCCUUUGUUCCUAUCAAACUCACUGUUUUGCUCUUUGUCAUUGCUGUGAUUUUGAUGCCUGCGACUGCGAGAUGACUUGUCCUGACAGGUGUACUUGCUAUCAUGAUCAUACCUGGUCUUCGAACGUCGUGGACUGCAGUAAUGCUGGCUACACAACUGUACCCGAGAAAAUACCCAUGGAUGCCACAGAAAUAUAUCUGGAUGGAAAUAACCUUGGUGAACUGGGAAGUCACGUGUUUAUUGGCAAAAAGAAGCUAGAAGUUUUGUUUUUGAACAACAGUAAUGUGAAGGCGUUGCAUAACAGGACUUUCAAUGGUGCAAAAUCUUUGAGGGUGCUACACAUGGAAGACAACAAGUUGGAGGAGUUGAGAGGUUUCGAGUUUGACCAACUAGAAAACAUUAAUGAACUUUAUUUGGACCACAACAACAUAGCUUAUGUGGGCAACCAAACUUUCCGUAACAUGCAUCGCUUGGAGGUGCUCAAACUGGACGAGAACCAUAUAGUCAACUUUCCUCCGUGGCAACUAGAGUCUGCAGCUCCCAGAGUGUCAGUAGAAGGCAACAAGUGGUCGUGUGAAUGUUCGGCUCUAGUCAAAUUGAACAGCUGGAUUCGGUCUUCGGGUGGUGAUCCAGCGAAAAUGCUUUGUACGGACGGUGAUGAGACUGUUUCGGACGCUUUAAACAGAUGUGGUGAUUUGGACAAUGCCGUGGCGACUUCGGUAGUGCAAAAAGAACUUGUAACUGACGGUCGUGUCCUUGGAGAAAGUUUUGUGCCGCUGUUAGCCGCUACCUUGGUUUCGGUGAUCGUCGUGUGUCUUCUAGUGGCGAUUGUGUUCGUUUUUCGACAAGAAGUGCGACUCUGGGCUCAUUCGCGAUACGGUGUGCGGAUAUUCCAAGACGUCCAGAACAGAAGUGAUGACAGGGACCAUUUGUAUGACUGCUACGUAGUCUACAGCCACAAAGAUGAAGACCUAGCCGCUAGAAUCAUCGCUCCAGAGCUAGAAGCUUUCGGUCACACCUUGUGUCUUCAUUACCGAGACCUUCAUCUACUGAACGGCGCUUCAUACUUAACAGACGCAAUGGUUGGAGCUGCAGAUGCAUCCAGAAGAAUCCUCUUCGUAGUCUCCCCAGCACUCAUCUGCGCAGAAUGGUCCAAACCAGAGUUCCGCGCAGCUCUCCAAGCUGCGCUCAGAGCUACAUACAGGCGCAAGUUAGUCUGCGUACUAAAUGGUGAUCCUCUGGAACCGAUGGAUCCAGAAUUACGCGCCCUGUUACGUGCUGGUACUGUAACUAGAUGGGGUGAGCGGAGGUUCUGGGAGAAACUACGGUACUCCAUGCCUGACGUACCAGGUGAUGGAAGAAGAAAAAAACCUCAACCCCAUCUCCAAGAGAUCCGGUGCAAGCAGAGCGCUAGGUACUCAAACGCGGAUGCUUGGUACAAGUACCAGGCAGUAGCAGGGGUCCACCAGAGUACUGCUUUGACUCCUACCCCAACUCAAAGCACCUACGUGUCUGGCGGUGACUCCAACCGGAGUACUGAAGAUGAAGGUGGUUCCAGUACUAGUUCCCAGCACUAUGGCUCGGAGCAAUUGAACCAUAGUUACGUUUCUAUCGAUGGGAGGCCUCACCAGUACCACCCUAGCUGUAGAAACGAGGUUCCUCAUCACGUGUAUUCCACAAUUCCAGACGCACCUCCCCAAUCCAGGACUUACUUCGUUUAAUGUGAUGUAACGAUCCCUGGUACUACUGCUUCUGCUUGAUUUUUUUUUGUAUCGUUGUUAGGAGCAGUGAAUAGGUGAAAUGUCAAUGUGAGUUACUAAUUUUUCAAAGGCUGUCUACUUAUAACAUACAUAUAAAUAUAUUUAUAAAAACGCUAAAUUUUUUGUAAGUAUUAAAAAAAUCGAUAAAUAUAAUAUAACCGUUUUUAAAAUAUUAUUAUUACUAUGUAAUGUCUCGUUAUAUUGUAUAUAUUUUGUAAAUAUUCCUCAAUGUAUAAAAUAAAUAAAAAAAUUAUAUAUGAAACGGUACGAGUAUUUGUACUAAUUUUUCCAACGCUUAUUAGUCAAUAAUUUUAAGUUAAUCGAACAAAAUAAUAUUGUAAAUAAAAUUCCGGAUUUUAUGACAUUAAAGACUGUUAAAUAUUGUACAUUUGAAACUCUUUUAAUUUAUGAAUAAAUAAAAUCGACAUUUUUUAAA